AUGUUUCAUACAGAACCAAACGAGAUAAACACAAGUCUGGGAGGCCUUCCUAUCCCUAAAAUCAUCGUUAAUGGUAGGUACAAGCUCUUGAGUCAAAUCGGAAGUGGCUCGUUCGGGGAUAUCUUCAUCGGUAUGGAUCAAAUUAUGAAUAAAAAGGUAGCGAUUAAGCUUGAGUCUACAAACUUGUCCUCACAACUUAAUAUCGAGUGGAAGCUAUAUUGUCAUCUUGCACUAAACAACCCGGCGUUUACCCCGGCAGUGUACUACUAUGGCACGGAGGGAGACUACAACAUUCUGGUGAUGGAUCUAUUAGGCCCGUCGCUGGAAACCCUUUUUACAAGUUGUAGUAGACAAUUUUCACUCAAAACAACACUCAUGUUGGCAGACGAAAUGAUUGGACAACUAGAGUAUGUUCAUGGUCGUGGAGUAAUCCAUCGAGACGUCAAGCCCGAUAAUUUUUUGAUGGGGUUGGGUAAACAAAACCAUCAUGUGUUUCUCAUCGAUUAUGGUCUCUCUAGAAAGUACUACAACACUCGCAAUCGAGCUCACAUGGACUACAGCGAGGGCAACCCCAUGAUGGGCACCCUACGGUACUGCAGCGUGAACACACACCUUGGUAUAAAGCAGGUUAGGCGUGACGAUCUGGAAGCGCUUGGCUACAUAUUGGUCUACUUUAUGAAGGGCUCCCUUCCAUGGCAAGGCCUCCAGAACCCCAAUUGCAAGAUUAUUGCACAACACAAGAUGUCCACGACAGUGGAUGUACUCUGUGAAGGCUUACCAACUGAGUUCAUAAGCUACAUUAACUACACCCGUGCAUUGAAGUUCAAGGAAACUCCGAACUAUGCAUACCUCCGUAAUCUAUUCCGCUGGCUUUUUUCUCAACUCAGGUACUCGAAUGACUAUGUUUACGAUUGGAUGCUUCGACAAACUUACGAGAACGCCCGGCGAGAGGAAUGGGAGCGUUUGAAUCAAGCACCAAACAAACCUCCAAAGAAUAACUCCUUAGUAAAAAAUGAAGUGAAUAAAACGGAGGAGGAACUCGCAUUUAUUUGCGCGUCUUAG